CUCGCAAAUAUCUUGGCCCAAUUUAUGACGACCACCCAAGCUUCCAUUCGAAAUUUGGAAAUACAGAUGGGCCAAUUUGCGACCCAAUUGAACGUGAGGCCAGCCGGUACACUACCGUCAAAUACGGAAGACCCUCGAAAGGGCACCAACGAGCAAUGCAAAGCCGUCAGUUUGAGGAAUGGAAGACAACUAGAAGAAGUGGCGAAGAAGGCAACAAGCAAGGAUGGGGAGGAGCAACAAGAAAAAGAAGCGGAGACUCUGACAGAUCCACCAGGUGAGAAAAGGGUCGUUGCGCCUAAGCCGACUCCUCAGGUACCUUAUCCUCAACGCCAGAUAAAGGCGAAAAAUGAGUCGUAUUACAAAAGUUUUCUUGAGCAAUUGAAUAAAUUACAUAUUAAUAUUCCUUUUACUCGAGCACUUGAACUAAUGCCUCAUUGGGUGAAAUUUUUGAAAGACAUGGUAUCAAAGAAACGGAAAUUCGGUGAACAUGAGAUGAUAUCUUUAACCGAACAAUGCAGUGCCAUUCUUACUCGCCCAAUUCCACCAAAGCUUGGAGACCCGGGUAAGUUUACGAUUCCAGUCGCUAUCGGAGGUAAGUUCUUUGCAAAAUCUCUCAUAGAUUUAGGUGCGAGCAUUAAUCUCAUGCCUUUCUCAGUUUUUCAAAGUUUGGGAUUAGGAGAUAUAAAAUUGGUAUCUGUGACUUUACAGUUAGCCGAUAGAUCACUCAUAUACCCAAAAGGAAUAGUAGAGGAUGUGUUAGUUAAAGUAGAUAAAUUCAUCUUUCCUGCAGAUUUUGUAGUUCUUGAUAUGGAAGAAGAUAAAGAAAUUCCCUUGAUUUUGGGAAGACCUUUUUUGAGAACGGGUAGAACUAUAAUUGAUGUGUAUAAGGGAAUUUUAUCUAUGUCUUUGGGGGAUGAAACGAUUAAAUUUGAUGUUUUUCGUACAAUGAAACACCCUCAAGAGGUUGAUGAAUGCUUUGCUUUUGAUGUGUUAGAUCAAUUGAAUUUUGAUUUUGUUGAACCUUUAAUUGCGGAUCCGUUGGAAGCAUCUAUGAGUGUAGGAACAUCAGUUGAAGAAGAAGAAGUGACAGAACAAUUAUGUUGGUUGGAUUCGGCAAAGCCGCUGUCAAGACCACGCUUUGAGAGUUUGGAGACGGAGAUCCCGUUAUCUGUCACUUUUAAGCCUUCAGUGAUCGAACCUCCGAAACUUGAGCUUAAAGUUUCACCAUCUCAUUUAAAAUAUAUGUAUCAUGGAGCUCAUGAGACCUUACCUGUUAUUAUUUCUUCAUAUUUGACAGGUCUACAGGAAAAGAGACUUUUGGAGGUCUUGCGAGAGCAGAAGCUAGCACUUGGAUGGACAAUUGCCGACAUCAAGGGCAUAAGUCCAACUUUUUGCACGCACAAGAUCAUAUUGGAGGAGAGCCAUAAAUCUUCGGUGGAACAACAAAGGCGAUUGAACCCCAUCAUGAAGGAAGUUGUGAAGAAAGAAAUCAUCAAGUGGCUAGACGCAGGUAUUAUUUUUCCUAUUUUUGAUAGUGCGUGGGUUAGUCCGGUACAAUGUGUACCCAAGAAGGGGGGAAUGACUGUUAUAAAAAACGAAAAAUAUGAAUUAAUCCCUUCUAGGACAGUAACGGGUUGGCGAAUUUGCAUGGAUUAUAGAAAAUUAAAUAAAGCCACUCGAAAAGAUCACUUCCCGUUGCCCUUUAUUGAUCAAAUGCUUGAUAGGCUAGCUUGUCAAGAAUUUUAUUGCUUUUUAGAUGGGUAUUCCGGUUAUAACCAAAUUGCCAUAGCUCCCGAGGAUCAAGACAAAACCACUUUUACUUGUCCUUUUGGUACCUUUGCUUUUAGACGUAUGCCUUUUGGUUUAUGCAAUGCUUCUGCUACUUUUCAACGUUGUAUGAUGGCAAUUUUUACGGACAUGGUUCAAUGUGGUCUUGAAAUUUUUAUGGAUGAUUUUUCUGUCUUCGGUGAUACGUCUGACACUUGUCUCCAAAUACUGGCUAAGGUUCUUCGCAGGUGUGAAGAGACAAAUUUGGUGCUCAACUGGGAAAAGUGCCACUUUAUGGUGCAAGAGGGGAUCGUGCUAGGACACAAGGUGUCAAAGAAGAGGUUAGAAGUCGAUCGAGCAAAAAUCGAGACAAUCGAGAAACUACCGCCACCAAUUUCCGUAAAGGGGAUUCGAAGUUUCUUGGGACAUGCGGGAUUCUAUAGGCGGUUCAUCAAGGAUUUCUCCAAGGUAGCCAAACCAUUGUGCAAUUUGUUGGAGAAGGACGUCAAAUUCGAUUUCAAUGACGAAUGCCUCAAAGCCUUCGACGACUUGAAAACAAGGUUAGUAACUGACCCUAUUAUUGUUGUGCCCGAUUGGAAUGAACCUUUUGAGCUUAUGUGUGAUGCCAGCGAUUUUGCGGUAGGUGCCGUGUUGGGUCAAAGAAAGAAUAAAAAUUUUCAUUCAAUUUACUAUGCUAGUAAAACUCUAAACGAUGCACAAUUGAAUUAUACCACCACUGAAAAAGAGUUGCUAGCAGUUGUUUUUGCAUUCGAAAAAUUUAGAUCAUAUCUUAUAGGCACUAAAGUCAAUGUCUUCACGGAUCACUCGGCUUUAAAAUAUUUGAUAGAAAAGAAAGAGGCAAAACCUAGACUUAUUAGGUGGGUGUUAUUGUUGCAAGAGUUCGAUUUGGAAAUUCGUGACCGUAAGGGUAGCGAGAACCAAGUAGCCGAUCAUUUAUCUAGGCUAGAAACGGAAGUCAAAGAUCCAAUUUGCAUUAAUGAAAAUUUUCCGGAUGAACAAUUGCUUGUCAUUAGUAAUCAAGAAGUACCAUGGUAUGCGGAUUUUGUGAAUUAUUUAGUUAGCCAUGUACUUCCACCCGAGCUCACUUUUCAUCAACGAAAAAAGUUUUUACACGAUGUGAAUUUCUACUUUAGGGAAGAACCCUUUUUGUUUAGACAAUGCAGCGAUUUAGUCAUUCGAAGAUGUGUACCGGAAAACGAGCAAGGAGAUAUACUCUUUCACUGCCAUGGCUCGGAUUAUGCGGGGCAUUAUGGAGGUGAGCGCACGGCGAGAAAGGUGCUUCAAUCAGGUUUCUUUUGGCCAACUUUGUUUAAAGAUUGCUAUAAUUUUAUUUCAAGUUGUGAUAGAUGCCAGCGAGUUGGUAAUAUUUCAAGGAGGCACGAACUCCCAUUAAAUACAAUGAUCGAAGUAGAGCCCUUUGAUGUAUGGGGGAUAGAUUUUAUGGGGCCUUUUGUCCCAUCAUUCAAUAACCUAUACAUCUUAGUGGCCGUCGAUUAUGUAUCUAAAUGGGUUGAGGCGGCCGCCUUUCCUACUAAUGAUUCUGCAGUGGUUUGUGCUUUCUUAAAAAGACAGAUUUUCACUCGUUUUGGAACGCCACGAGCAAUUAUUAGUGAUAGAGGCACUCACUUUUGCAAUAAACAAUUCGAAGCACUCUUGGCCAAGUAUGGAGUAAAGCACAAGGUCGCAUUGGCCUACCAUCCUCAGACGAACGGGCAAGCCGAGGUCACGAAUCGUGAAAUCAAAAACAUCCUCGAAAAGGUUGUGAGUCCUACCAGGAAAGAUUGGUCGAGAAAAUUAGAUGAUACACUUUGGGCAUAUCGUACAACUUACAAAACUCCACUUGGGAUGACAUCGUUUCGUUUGAUUUAUGGCAAGGCGUGUCAUCUACCGGUUGAAUUAGAGCAUAAUGCAUUUUGGGCAAUUAAAAAGCUGAAUUUCGAUAUUGAAGCGUGCAAGGAGAAACGAAUGCUGCAACUCAACGAGCUCGAUGAAUUGAGAUUGAAUGCAUAUGAAAGCAAUCGUGUGUACAAGGAGAAAACCAAGCGUUGGCACGAUAAAAAGAUAUUGCAUCGAGAAUUUCAAAAGGGGCAAUUGGUUCUCCUCUACAACUCCCGUCUAAAGUUGUUUCCGGGAAAACUCAAGUCAAGAUGGUCCGGACCGUUUACUAUCCUCGACGUAUUUCCUCACGGCGCAGUCGAAUUAUUGGAUCCCGAAACCGAAAAAUCGUUCAAAGUCAAUGGGCAAUGCCUCAAGCAUUAUUGUGGAGGGGAAUUCAAUCGCCAAGUGACUUCGGUCACGGAGGAUUCAAGCAAGGUGCAAAUUUCUCCACAAACCCAUUCCACCAAGAACGCCCACAAGGUGUUCGACGAAUUGCCCAAGUUAAGUUUGGGGGAAAUUUUGCACAUCAAUUCACUCCUAAUCCCUUCCACACGCAUUCUCAAGUCAUGGGGAAAUGAGGACGUGACGGGGAGGGCACUUCACAAGGCGAAGGCACUUCAAAAGGGCACACCGAUCAAUAUUGGCGAAAUUAUAUGCGACCGAUUUUGGACCACCAUGGUCAACAACUCCAAAGGGUUUUAUUUCCCUUGCCUAGUUACCGGUCAAUGCAAGAAGGCGAAGGUCCCAACCAAAACGACGGAUAUUCUCACACCGAUUCGGAAGCCGAUGAGUUACCUUGCGGCCCGACAAUACAAGGCACCCAUCCAAGAUGGCGAGCAACCCGUCGCUAACCAACCAAUAGCUCCACCCGAAGGUCCAAGGACAAGUUCGGACCGCCGUUUUCAAAGAAGAAUGGAGCGAGAGUUGGUCAUCACGAGAAAUCGGCUUGCCACGGUGGAACACAAGGUGAGCACGAUUGAAUCCCUCCAACGGUGGUCGGGGAAGAUUCUCCAAGCCAUUGUGCGCCAUUUGGCAUGCGGCACUCCCGAGUGCGCCGAACCGGCUCCGUUGCCCGCACCGAUUCUUGAGCCAGUACCCGAGCUUUUGGAUGAUGAGGAGGAUGGUGAUGCUCAUGCGCAAGGUGGAGUUGGUGAGCAGCCCGACGAUGGUCCCGACGUUUAA